AAGGCACCGGAAGUGAUGCAUAGAAGUGCGACAGGCUGUCAGCCCGUGGCUUACUGAAGGCGCGGUUGCGGGUUCUGUCGCGAGGAAGCCAUGGAGAAGGAAGAGUUAAUUGAAUACUUUAAGUCUCAGAUGAAAGGAGACCCUAACAUGGCCUCAGCGGUAGCAGCCAUCCAGACUUUGCUGGAGUUCCUGAAGAGAGAUAAAGGAGAGACUAUCCAAGGCCUUAGAGCAAAUCUCACCAGUGCCAUAGAAACCCUGUGCGGUGUGGACUCCUCGGUGGCCGUGUCCUCUGGCGGGGAGCUCUUCCUUCGCUUCAUCAGCCUCACCUCCCUGGAGUACUCUGAUUACUCCAAAUGUAAGAAGAUCAUGAUUGAGAGAGGAGAGCUUUUCCUCAGGAGAAUAUCCCUGUCGAGAAAUAAAAUUGCCAAUCUGUGCCACACUUUUAUCAAAGAUGGGGCGAGAAUUUUGACUCACGCCUACUCCAGAGUCGUCCUGAGGGUCCUGGAAGAAGCCGUAGCAGCCAAGAAACGGUUCAGUGUGUAUAUCACCGAGUCUCAGCCUGAUUUGGCCGGGCAAAAAAUGGCCAAAGCCCUCUGCCACCUCAAUGUCCCCGUCACUGUGGUGCUGGACGCUGCUGUCGGCUAUAUCAUGGAGAAAGCAGAUCUUGUCAUAGUUGGUGCUGAAGGAGUGGUUGAGAAUGGAGGGAUUAUUAACAAGAUCGGAACCAACCAAAUGGCUGUGUGUGCCAAAGCCCAGAACAAGCCCUUCUACGUGGUUGCAGAAAGUUUCAAAUUUGUACGGCUGUUUCCGCUCAACCAGCAAGAUGUCCCAGAUAAGUUUAAGUACAAGGCAGACACUCUGAAAUCUCUGCAGACUGGGCAGGACCUCAAAGAGGAACACCCAUGGGUCGACUAUACCUCCCCGUCCUUGAUCACCCUGCUGUUUACAGACCUGGGUGUGCUGACACCAUCUGCUGUAAGCGAUGAGCUCAUCAAGCUGUACCUGUGAUCAGUCCCCUCCUGCCAACAUGCAGGCAGUCCGCGGUUGCAACGUGAGCAGCCUCUCCAUCCAGCCAGGGCACAAAAUGAACCGGACUCCCAGAUCUGGAUGCCAAGGGUUCACAUCAGAAGUCCUCAAGAACCUUUUUAACUUGGUCUGUCAACAUCCAAAGCCUGUUCCUAGUUCUAGAAUCAAGCUGAGGCAUCCUUAUGGUUUUCACAAACUCACUCUGUCCUGGAAGUACAAGUUAGAUUACUGACUGUAAACCUGAGGAAAGAUGGCACCUGAGCAGGGACGCUCUUCUCAUACUGCUCUCCAGGCCAGUUUACAUCAAUGAAAGUGAUGAAGUGACAACUGCUGAGGAAACAUACAGCAGGACAUUCUUGGACCCACCAGCAGAUGAAUGACAGAGACUUACUCAUUUUUAUUGUGGCUUGGGCUUCAUCCCAGCUAGCUCAUCAAACUUAAUUAACCCGACUUCAUAAUUCCGCCAUGACCUAGUUCUUUACCUCUCUCUCUGUGCAUCUGACAUCUGACCAUGUCUCACAGCCUCCCUGUCACCCUGGUGGAAUCCCUCUGGCCUUUCAAUUCUUCUCCCAGGGUCCUUAUCUCUCCCCAGAAGUUCCACCCUCCCUUCCUGCUUCAGCUACUGGCCAUCAGCUCUUUAUUAAUCAAGAGUGAGGCAGGUGAUGAGCCAUAAGGAUAACAAUACCAAAAUCCAGCCAGUACUCCACUCUCUGCAGGUACAGAAUUAAUACAAAAACAAUCUUUACACAGUGAACCCCAACAGACACUUGUGGUGCCUCACAAGACAGGAAACACUUGCUGACUGCAUCUGGCUUCAGGGCUCCACCCCCUCUGCAGGAUCAAGCCAGACAGGAAGAAUACCAGUGCAGGAGCCAUUCACAUGACAUUGCUUAGAGUAUGUGAAAUGUAUAAGCUUAGGACCAAGCAGUGGUGGCACACGCCUUUAGCCCCAGGACUCAGAGGCAGAGGCACGCAGAUCUGAGUUCGAGGCCAGCCUGGUCUACAGUUUAAGUUCCAGAAGGACAGCCAGGGCUACAAAGAGAAACCCCGUCUUGGAAAAAGAAAAGUGAGUAGUUGAACAUAUUUGGGUACCAAACAGCGUUUUUUAAAAUUAAACGCGGGAACAAAUCAGGAUCUUUUCAAAUAAAUUAUAUGAAAGACUUGGAAACAGUAUUGCCUCAGUACAAAGAGACAGGCCAGAAACAGUGCAAGCAUGGUCAGGCAGAAUACCAAAAAGCUGAGCAGCACUUUCUCCAGAUAGAAUCCCUUCCUGGCUUUCAGGUAUUUGCCAAUAAAACAUCAUAAUCCAUUCUAAAA